AUGAGGCUUCCUCUGCUUUGUGCCUCCGUGAUGCUAAUGAGUCUGUCCCAGUGCCGAGCUGUCAGCUUCCCUGAAGACGAGGACCCUAUUAACAUUGUUGACUACCACUAUUCAAGGCAAUAUCCAGUAUUUAGAGGACGCCCUUCAGGCAAUGAAUCUCAGCACAGACUGGACUUCCAACUGAUGUUGAAAAUUCGAGACACACUUUAUAUUGCUGGCAGGGACCAAGUUUACACUGUAAACUUAAAUGAAGUUCCAAAAUCGGAAGUCACUCCAAGCAAGAAAUUAACAUGGAGGUCAAGGCAGCAGGACAGAGAGAACUGUGCUAUGAAAGGCAAACAUAAAGAUGAAUGCCAUAACUUCAUUAAAGUCUUUGUUCCAAGAAAUGAUGAGAUGGUGUUUGUCUGUGGAACAAAUGCAUUUAACCCUAUGUGCAGAUACUAUCAGCUGAAUACCUUAGAGUAUGAUGGGGAGGAAAUUAGUGGUUUGGCGAGAUGCCCAUUUGAUGCCAGACAAACCAAUGUCGCCCUCUUUGCUGAUGGAAAAUUGUAUUCGGCAACGGUAGCAGAUUUCCUGGCAAGUGACGCUGUUAUUUAUCGCAGCAUGGGGGAUGGAUCUGCCCUAAGAACAAUAAAGUAUGAUUCCAAAUGGAUAAAAGAACCGCACUUCCUCCAUGCCAUAGAAUAUGGGAACUACGUUUAUUUCUUCUUCCGAGAAAUUGCUGUAGAGCACAAUAAUUUAGGCAAGGCUGUGUAUUCCCGUGUGGCACGCAUAUGCAAAAAUGACAUGGGGGGGUCCCAAAGAGUCCUGGAAAAACAUUGGACAUCCUUUCUGAAAGCUCGGCUCAACUGCUCAGUUCCUGGGGAUUCAUUCUUCUACUUUGAUGUUCUGCAGUCUAUCACAGACAUAAUAGAAAUCAAUGGAGUCCCCACGGUUGUCGGUGUAUUCACCACGCAGCUUAACAGUCUGAUGUGUGCUUUCAGCAUGGAUGACAUUGAGAAAGUCUUCAAAGGGAGAUUUAAAGAACAAAAGACUCCUGACUCUGUUUGGACAGCUGUACCUGAAGACAAAGUACCAAAGCCAAGACCUGGCUGCUGUGCAAAACACGGCCUAGCAGAGGCUUACAAAACCUCCAUUGAUUUCCCAGACGAAACACUCUCCUUCAUCAAAUCUCAUCCUCUGAUGGAUUCAGCUGUUCCCUCAGUCAUUGAGGAGCCCUGGUUUACCAAAACACGUGUCAGAUACAGAUUGACAGCAAUUGCUGUAGACCACGCUGCUGGACCCUACCAGAACUACACAGUCAUAUUUGUUGGCUCCGAAGCAGGAGUAGUACUUAAAAUCUUGGCAAAGACCAGGCCUUACUCUCUGAAUGACAGUGUAUUACUGGAAGAGAUUGAAGCAUAUAAUCAUGCAAAGUGCAGUGCUGAGAGCGAGGAGGACAGAAGAGUCAUUUCCCUUCAGCUGGAUAGAGACCACCAUGCUCUCUUCGUGGCAUUCUCCAGCUGCGUCAUUAGAAUUCCUCUGAGUCGGUGUGAGCGUCAUGGGUCAUGUAAAAAGGCAUGUAUUGCUUCACGGGACCCGUACUGUGGCUGGUUAGACCACGAGGCAUGCGGAAGAGUGACACCAGGCAUGCUCAGCGGAGGAUAUGUACAAGAUGUCGAAUACGGCAACACAGCGCAGCUUGGGGACUGCCACGAAAUUUUGCCUACUACAGCUACACCAGAUUACAAAAUAUUUGGCGACCCAACAUCUGACAUGGAGUUCUCCUCAUCUUCCAUUACCACAAUGGCAAGUAUCCCAGUUAUAUCACCUAAAGUGAUUGGUUCCUGGAAACCUAAAGUGACUGGCUCUCGGAAAUUUGUAGUUCAAGAUGACCCAAACACUUCUGAUUAUUCUGAUCCAUUAUCAGGUGUCCCAAAGGGUGUAAGGUGGGAAGUACAAUCAGGAGAGUCCAACCAAAUGGUACAUAUGAAUGUCCUAAUCACUUGUGUCUUUGCCGCUUUUGUCCUGGGAGCCUUUAUUGCGGGAGUGGCCGUUUACUGUUACCGGGAUAUAUUUGUACGGAAAUCCAGGAAAAUACACAAAGAUGCAGAAUCGGCUCAGUCCUGCACUGACUCCAGUGGGAGCUUUGCUAAACUGAAUGGGCUGUUUGAUAGUCCCGUCAAGGAGUAUCAACAAAACAUUGAUUCACCCAAACUUUACACAAACCUGUUGACUAGCAGAAAGGAAUUGCCACCAAACGGUGAUACAAAGUCCAUGAUGGUGGACCACAGGGGCCAGCCUCCGGAAUUAGCUGCGCUUCCAACUCCUGAAUCUACACCGGUUCUUCAACAGAAGACUCUGCAGGCUAUGAAAAGUCAGUCGGACAAAGCGCAUAGUAACCUCAAUGCUUCGCGAAAGGAAACCCCACUAAAAAGCCCUCAGUUUUUUCCUUCCAGUCCUCCGCCCCACUCGCCUCUAAGUCACGGACAUAUUCCUAGUGCUAUCGUUCUUCCCAAUGCUACCCAUGAUUACAAUACAUCUUUCUCAAAUUCUAAUGCGCACAAGGCAGACAAAAAGAUGCAACAUAUUGAUCAUCCGCUUACAAAACCAUCCAGCAAAAGAGACCACAGGAGAUCUGUUGAUUCCAGGAACACCCUGAAUGAUUUUCUGAAACACUUAAAUGAAACUACUAGUAAUCCCAAAGCAAUUAUGGGAGAUAUUCAAGUGGCCCACCAGACUUUAAUGCUGGAUCCAAUGGGAAAUAUGUCUGAGAUCCCACCUAAGGUUCCCAACAGGGAGGCAUCUUUAUACUCUCCUCCAUCAACUCUUCCAAGGAACAGCCCCACAAAACGAGUGGACGUUCCCAGCACGCCUGCAGUACCAAUGACCUCUUUGGAAAGGCAGAGAGGUUAUCACAAAAAUUCUUCACAAAGGCAUUCAAUAUCUGCCCUUCCUAAAAACUUAAACUCACCAAAUGGUGUUUUGUUAUCCAGACAGCCUAGUAUUAAUCGUGGGGGGUACAUUCCUCCCACAGCAGGCACAAAGAUGGACUACAUGCAAGGGACGCCUGUCAGCGUUCACCUCCAGCCUUCCUUGUCCAGGCAAAGCAGUUACACGAGCAACGGAACCCUUCCUCGUACAGGAAUAAAGAGGACACCCUCCCUAAAACCCGACGUGCCACCAAAACCCUCAUUCGUUCCUCAGACAACUUCAGUCAGACCACUGAACAAAUACAGUUACUAG